AUGGCAUCGCCUGCAAAUCCCAAAGGAAUCCUCCACGAAUUCCCCCCCUUUAUCCGAAUCUACAAAGACGGCACCGUCGAGCUCCUCAUCGCUGCUAAUGGAGAAAAACUCACUACCCUCCUCUACUUCCAAGGCGGUGCCUUUGUCAUUGAAUCUGCCUUCUCCCCCUUCUACCACCGCUACCUCGACGCACUCUCGGCAAAAGCGAACGCCCUCAUCAUCUCUGUGGAUUACUGUCUCGCCCCCGAUCACCCACUCUCAACUGCCUACGAUGAUGCAUGGGCUGCAUUCCAAUGGAUCAUGGAUCUCUCUGAUCCGUGGCUCAGGGACCACGCCGAUCUCGACCACCUUUUCCUAGCCAGAGAUAGUGCAGGGGCCAAUAUCGCCCACCGCACAACUAUGCGUGCAGGCAAGAGUACGGGGGCGAGGGUGCGCAGACUAGUAACGAUUCACCCAUUCUUCUGGGGUACCGAUUUGAAGGAGACAGCGAGAGAGAGGAGCGAGUCAGUAGAGAAGAUGUCGAGAUUUGUGUGUCCGAAGACCAAUGGGCUCGACGACCCCCAGGUGAAUCCCGGUGCCGAGGCAUUGGAGAGGUUGGGGUGCCGGAAUAUGUUGGUCUGCGUGGCUGGGAAGGACAUGUCGAGAGAGAGGGGGCGGGCGUAUUAUGAGGAUGUAAGGAGGAGUGGGUGGGAGGGGGUGGCGGAGGUGAUGGAGAUAGAGGAGGAGGACCAUAUUUUUCAUUUGUUCCGGCCGGAUUGUGAUAACGCUUCGCUCAUGAUGGAGCAGAUUCUGAUGUUCCUUAACAAUGACUAG